AUGGCCAACGCCUUGCUGGACGUCGUCUAUUCGUUUGGGCACUGUUUGUCGUGCUUUCCGAGCUCGCCGACGCUCAAGAUCAACAGUCGCAGUUUCAAGAUAUUGCGGUUAUUGGGAGAGGGCGGCUUCUCCUAUGUCUAUCUCGUCCAGGACACGACCACGGCCGAGCUGUUCGCCCUCAAAAAGAUCCGCUGUCCCUUUGGCGCCGAGUCGGUGGCCCAGGCCAUGCGCGAGGUCGAGGCCUACCGCCUGCUCGCCCGCGCCGACGGCAUCAUCCACAGCAUCGACUACGCCGUGGCCACGGAGCGCGGUGGCGGUGGUGGCGGCGGCAUCGGCGACAACGGCGGCGGCCCGGCCAAGACAGUCUACAUUGUGCUGCCAUACUACCGCCGUGGCAAUCUGCAGGACCUGAUCAACGCCAACCUGGUCAACCACACGCAGUUCCCAGAGAAGCACCUGAUGCAGCUCUUCCUCGGCGUGUGUCAUGCCCUGCGGGCGAUGCACGUCUAUCAAGGAGGGCCUUCCACGUCGGCCGAGCGCAUGGUAGUGCCUGGAAGCAACAGCAACAGUAACGGCAACGACAGCAGCAACAGCAGAAAUACGGCCGAGCAGAACCAGCGCGUCUCGGCUGCACACGCGGCUGCUUCGUCGGGCGCCGACGACGAGGACGAGUCGGCCCAGCAGCAGCCGCUGAUGGCCGAAGAGACGCGUGUUGGCCGCGGGAAGAGCUAUGCGCAUCGGGAUAUCAAGCCGGGCAACAUCAUGAUCGCCGAUGAUGGUACUACCCCCAUCCUCAUGGACCUCGGCUCCAUCGCCGAGAGCCCGCUCGCCAUCACGUCCCGCAGCCUCGCAAUCGCCACCCAGGACAUUGCGGCUGAGCACAGCACUAUGCCGUAUCGCGCGCCCGAGCUGUUUGACGUCAAGACUGGCGCCGUCAUCGACACCAAGGUCGACAUUUGGUCGCUCGGCUGCACUCUGUAUGCCUGUCUCGUUGGCAAGUCGCCCUUUGAGCUGCGCUCUGACGAGACCGGUGGCUCGCUCGCCAUCUGCGUCCUCUCCGGCGACUGGCGCUUUCCCGACGAAGGACCCGGCGGCAAGAAGAAACAACGUCCUCCUCAGCGCUCGAAUACUGCCGCCAGCCAGACCGCCAGCGCCGCGCCGCCACCUGCUCACAUCGACGCUGUCGUCAGCGAUUCCGUCCGUGAUGUCGUCCGCCGCUGUCUCGCCGUCGAACCCGCCGAACGGCCCGACAUCGACGAUCUUAUCCGCCUCGUCGAAGCUGUCAUCCGUGAUCUGCCCAGCGACCGCGCAUAA